AUGCCCUCCGAUAUCAAACGAAAACCCCUCCCCUCUCCUCCCCCAUACGAUGACACCGGCGUGUCCUGUGGCGUCGUCACUGCUCCCCCUAAUCUCCAUCCACCAUCGCGUGCCACGGUGCCUGCGCAUACUCUGCCUCGAUAUUCCAGCCAUUCCGACCUGAAAUCUCCCGAUCUCUCCCUUCCGCCAGUCCGGCGUGCUGCCACUCAUAUCCCCCCACCGACCGCUUCUUCUCCCGGCCCUUCUCCCACCGCCCCAUCCGGUCCGUCAACUGUCCAAAAAGCAUAUGGCGAAGCUCGCCAUUUCCUCGGCGGUCUCAUCACCCAUCCCACCGAAUCUAACAAACACUAUACUAUUCUACGACACUCCCACGGCGUGAUUUUCUACCGUGGCAGCACCACCUCCGUCGCCGUCUCCAUAUUCUCCGAUUCCACCCUCCCGACUGACCGCACCCUCUGGCUCCAAAACAAAGGCUGGACAGGCAAAACCGGCAUGCGCACCAAGGCCCUCCUCCGUCUCACCAAUGACUGGCUCAACGUGACACCAUCAAUGCCUCUACGCGCUGACCAGGUUCCCCCGGCCGACGAACGUGCCUGGCAGCGCGACAUCGACAAGUUCCGUCGGAAGAAUACCUCCGGACGAACACGCACCCACUCCCUUCGGGAAACCGUGGUAUCGCGCAUCCCCGCCGAAGCCGGCGACGGAUACUUCCAACUCGUGCUGUGCGCGGGACCCAAGAAGAAAGUUCUAUGUACCAGUCCGGUCUUCCGCGUGCUGUCGACUUCAAUGAAACCCAGUUCCAUCCGCGGCGCCAGUCUUAGCACCCUGCCCUUGGAAAUGGGCGCCAUGGUCAUGGAAAUCUAUGCGCAGGCCACGGUUAAUCGUGUCAUUGGACCCGUGUCAUCGGCCAUUGAAUCUCGGAUCGAACCCCUCCAGCCUGUUGGUAUCAAGCAAGCGGCGACGAAGGGUGCUUUUUCCACCAGCGGCGUAGGAAAUCGUGUCGCUGAGUGGGUGAAGAAUGGUUCCGGGGAGAGGACGGCCCCACCACCGAUGCGGGGUCAGUUCCAGACCAUGGAGUCUUUCGAUCUGGGCCCUGAACCACCGUUUCCAAUAGACUUCAAGUCCCGUGCAAUACCCCAGGGGGAAAAGGAGUUAGAUGUCCGCUUCUCUCUCGCCAAAAUUCCCGAUUCAAUUAUCCAUCAACUCCAUGGCUUCUUCUUUGGCUGGGCGCGCUGCGUCGAUCCCCUAGACCAACAGGCUCAAUGGCACCCUGCCAUCGUAUCCAUCCGAAACAUGGACCCUUCGCAGCAAACAAGAGUUACUAUAUCCCAUACAAUGAUGAAAACCUGCACUCUGCGACUCCUGGACGCAGACCGGCCCCUGACACAGCCACAGACUCAGGCCCAAUUCCAACCCAAGUUCCAAAUCCGUAUCAUGGGUUUCCUCCGUCCUGAUAUCCCGCCCCCAAUCAGGGGAACAGAGAAAGACCUCGCUUCCCGAGAAGAAGCUACUGAGACAGCGUACCUCGCUGAAGUAUGGGAUGCGUCAUAUGCGCAGGCCGCACUGGAUCAUCCGGCCUGGGCGCCGGGUAUCGGGAGCGCUCCAUCGCCGGAGAACGCUUCCUGGAUCGAUCGCACGCGAGAAGGGUAUCAGAGUACGCGCAUAAGGGGACAGAAAAUGGUGGAGAAUGUCCCAUUGCAUUUGCUCGGCAUUCGGUCGGCGGCGGCGGAGAUGCGCGAUAAACAGGUUGCCGUGAGUGGGUUUUAUAUUGUGCGGUAG